UCUCGACCAACGAUCUCAAAGCCCAGCCCAAGUCUGGCCAUAAGCCAAUGCUGGGACUCACAGGAACCUGCAAGUGUACCACGACCCUUUAGGAUCUCUCAGUGUCUAUGCUCAAUCGCAAGGGCUACUAGUACUACUGAUAUGCCCAUUUCCCUCGACUCUCUCGAUGACGAUACCCUACUUGGUGUCUUUUUUGAGUUGACAGUUCCAGACGUGCUCAGCCUGAGACAAACAUGCCGUAGACUGCGAGUCUUCUCAACACAACAGAUUGUAUGGCAGAAUAUCGGUUCUUCCCAGAUAUUGCAGCAGGGGAUACCCUUCUCAAAGAAAGCCCUCUCGAGUUUCUCUGUUCAUGAUCUGGAGUACAGAGUACGCCGAGCAUACCAUCUAGGGAAGGCUUGGCAAGCUCCUUCAAUUACAUUUCGCCCGUCUGGCUUCGCAGCGAGCCGAGGGGGUCCUGUUCAAGACAUCCACUUCAUUCCAGGCUAUGAUCGGAGAUGGCUCAUCACAGUCUCUCAGGGUAUCUGGUCGAUGAUCACACUCUGGGACCGCCAUACCUUGACGAGAGUCACUUCUUGGUCCCCCCAAAAGGCCGUCUUCUCUGCUCUAGCAGUGAACACUUCUGAAGACUCUGAAGCUGCUCUCGCGGUGUCACUCCACCGAUACGAUUCCGUUGUAGUUGAGAUAUUAGCUAUAACGUCUAAAGCGCCAAACUCUCCGCUAGGUUUUGAAUGCAUUGCCCGACACAACACGUUGCGUCAACCAAUCGCUAUGCACGGGUCCUUACUGGCCUUGGCAGACGACGAAGCCGAAACAGUAAUAUGGAACUGGAAAACGCAGGAGUACGCUGUCUUGCAAAGUCCCGUCGAUGAGGACCUUUGGCGGAACCAAUGCACUCAGGUCGUCUUUGCAUACAAGACCAUUCUUGUCGUUAGAGCUCGUUCAGUCCAUGCAUUUGCAGAGCCAAAACUAGAACCACAUCCUAACACAUGCGUCCAUCACCCGUAUGCCCAGAGCACAUUCGGCUGGGUGGACGGUAUCUUUGUCUCUAUUUCACCAUCUUCGCCCAAGGACCCCACAGGAAUGAAAGGGCAGCCUCUGUCGGUUCUUGUGCGCAAGCAGAUUGAUGACCCGUGGUCAUCCACCUUCAAGAUUCAACUCUGGACUUUGAGUCCGUCCAAUGAAACUACUGUCGACGGGCCGCAUUAUAUUUUCCCUCCUUCUAUGACCACAGAAAUGCUCAGUCCACGUCGGGGGGCCCUACGAUGCACCGACAUGGUGCUUGGUCCGUAUGGGACUGCGGUCUGGGUGCAACCAGAAGACUUUUCGGUUGCGGGCCUAAUCUUUUCGAGCAAUAUGCCUGUGCCACAGUCUCACGAAAUACUUGUAGCGGUUGCCUUUCCUGGAUUGCUCAAUACUCAGGGUGAACCGCAGGUCAAGUCAUCGUGGAAGAAUCUCGGCGAGAAUUGGACAUGUCUUGAUUACGACGAGGAAAGAGGCUGCAUUGCACUAGGCUCGGUUGUUGGCGCUGUCACUAUCCUAGAUAUUUAAAUUUUAAUCACUAUCAGCCCAUCUGACUCUAUACAUGGCAUGCAACUAACUAUUGGUA